UUUUAGUUGCUUACAGAUCUAAAAUCUGUCCAUCUUUCCUUUAAAUUUCAACAUGGCUGAAGCUAUGAGAGCAACCGUGGCCUCCUUAUUGAAAGGAAUCGACCGAUACAAUCCUGAAAAUCUUCAAACUCUUGAGCGAUAUGUUGAUAUGCAAGCAAAUGAAAAUACUUAUGACCUUGAAGCAAAUUUGGCUAUUUUAAAGCUGUAUCAGUUUAACCCUCACAUGUAUCAAGCUGGUGUGACAGCCAUUAUUCUCCUAAAGGCCUUAACCAACCUGCCACAUUCAGACUUUAUUCUGUGUAAAUGUCUCAUUGAAACUGGAAGGUUAUUGGAAGAACCAGUAGCUAAAGUAUUGAAAUUGGCAACCUUUUUAGAAACAGCAAAUUUCCAGGAAUUUUGGGCUACUUUGGAGUAUGAUCCAAGUCUUCUAAUUGGAAUUGUGGGGUUUGAGGACUCAAUUCGUAAAUUUGUUUGCCAUGUUGUUGCAUCUACAUACCAAACAAUCAGGAAAGACAAAUUACGCCAGCUUCUUGGGAAUAUAUCAGAUGCUCAUUCAAGUGUGUGGAUUAGCAAAUAUGGAUGGACAGAACAACUGGAUGGAUAUGUAUUUAUAACAAACCAAGACGAGAACAUCAAAACUAAGAAUAUCACAGAGAAAAUAUCUUUUGACAGUGUCGCUGCAAUCAUGGCAUCAGGACGAUGAUUUACAGCUAAUUAUAAAACCCACAUACAAGUUGGCAUUUUUAAUAAAAGCCUUCAAUAAC